CGGAGGUGGCGGCCGAGGAGCGGCUGUACUGACGGCCGGAGGUCGCCGGGGUGCCCGCGGUGGUGAACUCCACGGGGGCUGGCCCCAUCCUGCAAGGGUUGCCAUGCAUCCGCGGCGCCCGGACGGCUUCGAUGGCCUGGGCUAUCGAGGUGGUGCCCGGGACGAGCAGGGCUUCGGCGGAGCUUUCCCUGCCAGGUCCUUUAGCACCGCGUCAGACCUCAGCCAUUGGGUGACCACCCCUCCGGAUAUCCCGGGGAGCCGCAACCUGCACUGGGGCGAAAAGAGCCCUCCCUACAGCGUGCCUAUUCCCUCCACCCCGCUUGAGGGCCCGGUGGAGGAACCUUGUCCCGGCGGCGGCGGCGGCGUGGCGGGGCAGAGCAGCGAGCAGUUGAAUAGAUUUGCUGGAUUUGGUAUUGGACUUGCAAGUCUUUUUACAGAAAAUGUACUGGCCCAUCCUUGCAUUGUUCUACGCCGCCAGUGUCAGGUUAAUUACCAUGCUCGUCAUUAUCAUCUCACUCCAUUUACAGUCAUCAAUAUUAUGUACGGUUUCAAUAAAACACAGGGACCAAGAGCCCUUUGGAAAGGAAUGGGAAGUACAUUUAUUGUCCAAGGAAUUACACUUGGAGCAGAGGGAAUAAUCAGUGAAUUUACACCCUUGCCAAGGGAGGUUUCACAUAAAUGGAGUCCCAAACAAAUAGGAGAACACCUUCUGUUGAAAUCCCUGACUUAUAUGGUGGCAAUGCCUUUUUAUUCAGCAAGUCUAAUUGAAACAGUGCAGAGUGAGAUCAUUCGAGAUAAUACUGGAAUUUUGGAAUGUGUUAAAGAAGGAAUUGGAAGAGUGAUGGGUUUGGGAGUGCCUCAUAGCAAACGACUACUUCCACUUCUUUCCUUGGUGUUCCCUACCGUGCUGCAUGGGGUUCUUCAUUACAUCAUUAGCUCAAUUGUUCAGAAGUUUGUUCUACUAAUUCUAAAGCGAAAGACUUAUAAUAGCCACUUAACUGAAAAUACUAGCCCGGUGCAGAAUAUGCUGGAUGCUUAUUUUCCAGAACUUAUUGCUAACUUUGCUGCUAGUCUUUGCUCUGAUGUUAUACUUUACCCACUGGAAACAGUUUUGCACCGCCUUCACAUUCAAGGAACACGCACAAUAAUUGACAAUACAGACCUUGGCUAUGAAGUGCUUCCAAUUAAUACACAGUAUGAGGGAAUGAGAGACUGUGUUAAUACCAUAAGGCAGGAGGAAGGAGUAUUUGGUUUUUAUAAAGGGUUCGGUGCUGUUAUAAUACAGUAUACACUGCAUGCAGCUGUUUUACAAAUUACAAAAAUUAUUUACUCUACCCUUCUUCAAAAUAGCAUUUGAGAUUUUGGCUCCUGGUUGGUCUAAAAGACAUAAUCUGGAUACUUUGUAUUGAAAUUAUGAGAGAUAAAAGUAAAAUAAGGUGGGGUGGGUGGGGGGUAAGGAUUAGAAAGUGAAACUGGUUAAAAAAAGAAAAACCUAUCCAUGCUUAUAUUGACUUCAUUUUUUUUCCACGCAUAGGUAUAUAUUUUGGACAAAUGCAGUAAAAGUAAAGCUCACAUAAAUUCUUACUGUUAUAUCACUUGUACUGAACUAAAAAUUAUUCUGAGCAGAAGCAAAAAUUUGUCAUCAAACAAAAUUUCAUAGAACUGAAUUUAUUCCAUUUAUUUUACAUGUUUAUUUCACCUUUUCAACUGAUAUGACUAUGUCAUCUUUAAUGUAGUGUGUAAAAUUAGAAGGUCAUAGUUUCCCUUUAAGUAAAUAAAUACAUCUGCAAUGAUAAAUAUUUGAGGAUUACAUCUGGUAAUCUGUAAACAAGAAUUGAAGAGUUUUAAAUUACAUGGUCUAUAUAGAAUUAUUUUUAAUGGUUUUACAUCUACUAUAUACAAUUAUUAUGUAUACACAAAUUACUUGGAAUUUCUUUGAAUUUCUUUCUGUAUAAAUUUUCCACUCUUAUUGCCUAAAGUGAUAUUCUGCUGGAAUAUCAGAAUAAGCAUUAAAAGUCAAGGUACUUGUAAGAUUUAAGGCAAACAACAAACCUAGCAUUUCAGUGCAAGUAACUUAAAAUUUGUCAUACAAUUAAUACUUGUUUUGCUUAUCUAGUUUAUAAAGCAUCAGGCUAUUUUUAGAGCCACUCAUAAAAAAGAAUAUAAAAUAAUCAUGAUAACUAACUUGGUAUCACCAUGUGUACAAAUUAUGUACUAGAAGGAAUGUCACUUGCUUUUCAUCUCUGGAUGACUUUUCUUAGAGGAGACACAGUAAAAACCCACCUGGGAGUCUGUCUCUCUUCUGUACAGGCAUCAUUAAAUAAUGGCUUCAGUUUUCAUUUUCUUCCAUAUUUUGUUUAAAAUUUUUAUUCUCCAAGCUUGAUAUACAUAAAGGGGAAGUAGAUUUGUCCUCAGUACUUUGUUUUUAAACAUUUGGAUGAAUACUGAUAAAAAUUACAAGCUUACAGAAGGUGUAUUCUUGUUUCUUACAGAUCAGCAAAAGAAGUAAGUUUCAACAAAUAAAAAAAUAUUAACCAGUUUAAUAAAAAUGCUGUCCCUAAAUUGAAUUUGGUGGGAAGACUUUUUGUAUAGUAAGUGAUCAACACAUUUGACUGGUGCAUCAUUAUUAAAAUGUGAAUGAUAUGCCAGUUUUAUAGCUUUCAUUCAAAACACUGACACAAUGACUCAGAGCCAAUGUUUUCCAACCUAGAAUGCAUACACACAGGUUUCUUUUUUGCUAAUUGCCAGAGAAAUGAUUACUUUGUAAUGAUGAAUAGUAUUGGAAACAAUAUAUAACAGCCAAAACUAAGAAACAAUAUACACUAAAAUGUCUAUGUGUUUUUUAAUACUAAAACACAUGAGUUUUCACUUUAAAUUCUACCAAGAUGAAAAUGAAAAAUAACACUGAUCACAUGUAUUUUAUGAUUAAUGUUUUAUAAUGUACCUUGUCCAACCUAUGUCAUUUUCUUUUGAAUGGCUAAGUAAUUUUUUGUGUUCUUGGUAUGUCCAGCUUCCUAAACACUUUUUAUUUUGUAUUAUAGUCAAAUAAGAUGGUUUCAGAUAGGUGUACAUUUCAUAAAAUACCAAGCUCAGAAAACACUGAAACAGGCUCUGAAUGGAAUUUAGUAUUUCUGAGUGAAAGCCUAUAUGACCCCUUAGCUAAAAAUUAGAUAUAUCAGGAUAUUUAGUUAUAUAAACCUCUUUCAUUAUGGGAUCAUAAAAUUGACAGUCUAAAUAUCAUGCAAAUAAAGUGUAUCUUAUUUUUUUAUCACUAGAGUAAGAAUACAAAUUCACAUUAAAACAAAAAUCGAAAAGUGGCAAGUAAAAUACAAAUUUUUUAUUUUCCAAAUUAGUUGAAAUAUAAAAAAAUAUAUAAAACCUCAAGCAUGUAAAUAACAGCCAAAUACUUUAACUGAAUUUCGAAUGGAGCAAGUAAGAUGAAUAUUAGACAUAUUCUCCUUUUCUAAAAUUCCAUUAUUUCCUUAGCACAUAGGUUACAAAAUCAAAUAAUUUUGGACUACAUUUCACAUUCACAUUUGUUUUGUUUUGUUUUUUUUUAAAUUUAGUAUCUCUAAUAGGUUGUGGAUAAGAUGUUUCAAAAGUCUAAAAUCCCAAUUACAUAAGCCUAGUUUUGGCUAUGCUGCUGAAGUGUGAGGUGUUUGCCUUAUGUUGUAGGGUUUCUUGAUUUGAGUUAAAUAGUUUGAGAAGAAUAGAAUUAAAAACUGAAAAGCCAGGUAAAUUUUAGCUUAGUAUAUUAAUUUAUUUAUUGAUUCACCGAAACUGUAUAUACAUCUUGACCAAGAUACCAUUCUCUAUUUUGCAGACUCAUAAAAUUAUUCAAGGCUUCAACCAGCACUAGAUGUAUAAAUAUGACAGUUGAAGAUUGAAAAAGAAACCAGUUUCAAGAUGCUCAUGGGCUGGGAAUUUGAUACCAGCCAGCAUUUCUAAAAACAAACCUGGAGAGGUGCAGGCCGAGCUUGCUUGUGCAUAUGCGCUUGACUACUCAGAGCUGCCUUUAGCACUGGCUUUGGUACUACUGUAGGUUCAUACAUGUGUUCAGAAAAUAAAAUGUGCUGCUAUAUAUUUUUUUCCAGCUAAGAUUGUAGAGGAUAUUUGCUCUUAAUUUGCUUACUCUGCAGGCUUUUGAAAAGGUUGCCAAGUCUGAAUUAUUUUCAGUAAUAUAUUUGGAAGUGAAAUCACCUGACAAUUCACUUUGCAAUAGAAUUUGAGUGAUAGUUAACUGUGGCAUUUCUGCUCUCUCAAAUAGAUGCAUAUUUCUCUUAAUCUUCUAAUAUAAGCUGGAAAUGUGAUAUCUUUUUAGUUAUUGAGCAUCACUGAUAGUACCAAAUUGUAUCACAUCGUAGCAAAAACUUGUGAUUUGACCAUGAAUCUUAUAAAUAUUACCUCAGCUGGAAGAGGUGUUUUGUCUUAGUGUGUGUGUGUUUUUUUUUUUAAAAGUUCUUUUUGUCUCAGUAUUUCAAAUGUUUUCAGUAAACUGUGCUAUGAAAAGGUCUAAUAAAAUGCUGAAAUAAAACUAGUAUGUUUCUCUUAGUGAUGCUAGACAACACAAUCUGGUGGAAAAAGUAAUUUUCUUAGAAG